GCUUCCGUUCUGUAAAAAGUCAAGCGAAAAGUCCACAAAACGUUCGAAUUAGAUUAAAUUUGAUAUAAUUUGUUGCAAUGCAAUUUAAAUGGACUCAGUUGCUGGCCUGAAAAAUUGAGUUUUUGGCCAGCUCUGGAGCAGUUGGCGCCUAACACUUGGGGCAGCUGCACGCAUCGGAUCGCAUCAAAUCGCAUAGCAUACUUGGAGCAUGCUGCUGGACGAGUUCUGUGUGAAGGUCUAUUUCUGGCCAUUUCUCUCGUAUUUGGCCAGCAUCAAGGGCUGGUGUCCGGCGUAUCCCACAGGUUAUUUUACGGUCUAUCCGUUGGCCGUGCCGCCAGCUCAAGUGCCACUAAUGCCCACAUCCACGUCCAAUGCAGUGUAUCCAACGUUUCAACCGACGCCGCCUUUGCAGCCAAUCACGACAACCACAACGACUACCAGCACCACCACCACCACCUCCACCACAGCGAGCAGCACCACCACAACCGCAGCGGGCGUGACCACAACAACCGCAGCUGAAACUACAUUGCCCGCACCGACGUGUCCUUCGUCGCCUUUCGUUUGCCUUCCCGGCGGAUUGCCUCCGCUGCCCAAUUGCCCCUGCAUCGAUCCGCGACAGCAGCAGCAGCAGCAACAGCAGCAGCAGCAGCAGCAGGUUUCCACUAUGCCCAUGGGUUCGGAUAUCAUGGUCUUUAUGCCGCUCAAUCCGAGUCGACAUCGUCGACGUCGUCCCCAGCCUCAGCUUUCAGAGAGCUGCAAUGAUGCACGCGCUCGCCCCGGCAGCUGCGUCCCUCUGACGAGCUGCUCGCAUCUCGUCCAGGAGUAUCAGACGGGCACAGCGGGUCAGGAAUUUCACACGUUUCUCGGACAGUCCAUUUGUGGCUUUGAUGGCGCCAGCUUCUUGGUUUGUUGUGCCACGAUGCGUGAUCCUUCGGCCAACCGGCAUCCCAAGCAGAUUGCGCCUGCUGUCGGUUUUUCGUUCUCCUCGUUGAGCGGACCCACCACGCCUCCACCUCCGCCCAUCACCGUCUUUCAGCCCACGCCGCCCAUAAAUCAACCUGGAAUUGUGCUGCGUCCCACUCCAGUGCCUGUUCACCCAGCUCCUGCUCCUGGUUCUGUACCUUUGCCUGUCUUCCCCUCACAGCCAGGUGGCGCCAGCAGCUCCAGCAGUUCCAGCGGCUGUGGCAUAAGUGGCGCCACCACAAAUCGUGUCGUUGGCGGCUUGCCCGUUCGCAAAGGUGCCUAUCCAUGGAUGGCUGCUUUGGGCUACUUUAAGGAUGGCAAUCGAAAUAGCUUGGAAUUUCUUUGCGCCGGCAGCUUGAUCAGUCCGCAGUUCGUUGUGACCUCGGCACAUUGCAUCAACUCCAUGUUGGUGCUGGUGCGCCUGGGCGCUCGCGAUCUCUCCAAUCCCAAUGAGGCGGGUGUGAUGGACUAUCGCAUUCGACGCACUGUUGUGCAUCCGCAAUUCGAUUUGUCUGCCAUUGCGAAUGACAUUGCCUUGAUUGAGCUGAAUGGCGAGGCGCCAUCUACUGCUGACAUUCGACCCAUUUGCCUGCCAGAGUCGAGCCGGUUUCUGCUUGAGGAUCAGUUCGUGGGCAUGAAUCCAUUUGUGGCCGGCUAUGGGGCCACGCAACAUCAGGGCGCCACCUCCAAUGUGCUGCGGGAUGCCCAGGUGCCGAUCGUCUCACGGCAGAGCUGCCAGCAGAGCUACAAAUCUGUCUUUCAAUUUGUUCAAUUCAGCGACAAGCUAAUUUGUGCUGGCAGCUCCACAGUCGAUGCCUGUCAGGGGGAUUCCGGUGGACCAUUAAUGCUGCCGCAGCUGGAUGGCAGCAUCUAUCGCUACUAUCUGCUGGGCAUUGUUUCCUUUGGCUACGAGUGCGCCAAACCUGGUUUUCCCGGCGUCUACACCAGAACCAGCAGCUACAUGAGUUGGAUACAGCAGACACUGGCUGGAGCUUCGAGGGGCAGGAGGUGACGAUUUCUUGACGCUACGCCUAAUAUUUGA